AUUCAUUCAAUUCAAGUACUGCAAAAUGUCUACAUCAAACCUCCUGGUCUUCGGAGCCACUGGCGCCAUCGGGUCGUACAUCAUCGCCGCCAUCGUCAACGCCCGCGACUCCUUCAAUCGCAUCGCCGUCUUCACCAGCCCAAACACCCUCUCUGCAAAGGAAACAGAGAUCAAUGUCCUCCGCGAUAAGGGCGUUGAAAUUCUCGUCGGCGAUGUUACCAAUAAAGAUGACGUUUUGAAGGCAUUUGACGGAAUCGACACCGUAAUCUCAGCCCUCGGCCGCGGCGUCAUCACCGCCCAAAUAAACGUGAUCGAAUGGGCCGAUUCAGCACCGCAAAUCCGCCGCUUCCUGCCCUCCGAGUACGGCACCGACAUCGAGUACGGCCCCGCGUCGGCGUCUGAGAAACCGCACCAGGCGAAACUGCAGGUCCGCGCUGCACUGCGCGCCACUAAGGAUCUGGAGUAUGCGUUUGUGGUGACGGGCCCGUAUGCCGAUGUUCCUUUUUUCUUGGGUGCGAAUGCCGAUCCGGCGUAUCCGGGUGGGAGCUUUGAUGUUAAGAACAAGAGGGCGGUGCUGCUUGGGGAUGGGAAGGGGAAGAUUAGUUUGGUUACGGUUGGGGAUGUUGGGAAAUUCGUCGUGCAUACCCUGACGCACUGGGACAAGGCGCGCGGUCGAGCACUCAAGCUCAACUCGUUCACGACGACGCCGGAUGAGAUUCUGGCGGAAUUUGAGAAACAGACCGGGGAGAAGUGGAGUGUUGAGUAUACGCCGCUGGACCGGCUGAGGGAGCUUGAGAAGGAGGCGUGGGAGAAGGGACGGCCGGAUGCGACGGGCCUGACGCUGAGGAGGAUCUGGACGGAGGGUGGCACGCUGUAUGAGCGUCGCGAUAAUGAGGAUAUUGGGGCUGAUGAUACAGUUACUCUGGCUGGGGCUGUGAAGGAUGCGAUUAGAGCGCAGCUUUCAAAAUAACCAACAGGUAUGCGUGUUCUAUAUAGCUAAUAUACAUUUAUAUACUUUAUAUACAGAUUAUUGCUUCCACUUCCAGGUGGAGUUGCGAUGUAUAUGGUACUCCUUGCUCUCGAUGGCCUUCUUAAUCCCCCACAGCCCUCCAACCGGCCAGAUGCCGCGUGCCUUGCGGCUCCAUGACUCCUGGCGCUCCUUGCGGUCUGCGUCGACGUCGAUCUUGACCUUGUCGUACACACUAGGAAGAGUAGUCGCGCUGUACUUCUGACGCAAGCCCUCGUACCACUCCUUGUUGUACAUGUUCCAGAACUCGUCUUCACCGUAGUACGUGUGCGCGUAGAACCACUUCAUCCCGCC